AUGUGUUUGUGGCUACAGCGUUUUGCCCGUUUCAUCGCUCUCAAUAUUUGCAGUUUCUGUGUAACAGUACAGGAAAGAAAAGGUACCAUAAAAAAAAAUUUAACCGGUCUGACAAGGCGCCUGAAACCUCUUGUGUCUGGUUAUGUCACCCAAGUAGUUUUCUAGCGCUUAGGCGCAUAGCUUAAAGACACGUAAAUUAGGUGUAUUUGACGUUCUUAAAAUUUUAAAAAGAAAUAUACGUGGAAAAGCAGUAAUUCGCGCCACAGGGCAACAGCUUGAAAGAAAUUUUUGGGUGAGCUAACCUUGUUUUUAUGUGUAGGUCGGGUACAAGACUGGACUUUGAUCCGAGAUGUUGUAAUUGACAUCGGUCAAGGAAAACGCAGCUUGCGGAUUAAUGUUUUCACCAUGCAAAUGAGAACAUGACAACAAUAGUCCCAUUGUUUUCUAACCCUAAAAACAAUGGUCCACAGUCAGUCCACAGUUUUCAUUUUACACUGCCUUUUUUGCUUUGUACAGGGGUUUAUGGUUGCCCUGUUUUGCUGUACAUGUGCAAUAUAAAAUAAAACUAUAAGAACAAGCGUGCACAGACUUCCCCAAAAAUGUUUAAAUUUUCUUUACUUAGUGUAAUAGUUUGCUGUAAAUCUAGACUGUAAAACAGACAGCAGUCUACCCUGCGAGCAGUAGCUACAUUUUCGCUUCAAAUCCAUCCAGAAAUCUGGACGAAUAAAUUUAAAAAACAGGCUUUUUCCUGUUCUUGACCAGUUUAGAGAGUUGCUUGAGUCUUGCAUGAGUCUUGCGUAGCAUGUCAGAGUUGUCAUAAUUUUUUUUAUUCCCGCGAAACUCGCGUCAUUUGAUGACAGACCUGACGAUUAAUUUUGCUUGCGAAUUGCAUGAUGAAUUUCGCGCAUGCAUGAUAGAAAAUUGAACAGUUGUCGGUAGAGGCUACUUUUCGCAUGCCAGCUCACACAGCAAAAAUGUAGCCACUGCUCGCGGGCACCAGCAGUCUCACUCUCCAUUUUCAACCCCACUCCAGACCUUCCCUUCAACCACUUGCGAAUGUGUUCUUAACCUAGGCAAAAAAUGGGAUGUUUUGCAGUCUAUUGUAUUAAUCUAGAUCUGACAUUUUUAAUUUGAAUUACUGAUCCUUUAUGACUAGAAGUUUUACAUUAAUAAUUUUGUAUUCAUAGCAUAUUUUUUCUCUUUAUAUUAAAUAGUUGUCAUGGCAACUGUCAUGGAUCCUACUCUAGCAUCCUUACCGUCAAUGACAUGUGAAUCAGAUUGGAGGGGACUGAAGGUCAAUUUGUUUGCUUUUGAUUUUGAUGGCACAUGUACUCAAAAGGACACCACAAGUCUACUGUACAAGGCAACAGACAAGUACCUCGCUUCCACAGAAGCAGAAAGGAAACAACUUGACGCUCUCUGGAGUGAAUUAGGGAAAAAAUACUGGAGUGGGCAUCAAGAUGUUGUCUCAAGGUCACUUUCUGUUAAUGAUUCUCCCAGUUUUUCUGCUUAUAAUGAAAAAGAACUGAGGUCAUUUCUGCAAAAGGUGUAUGACUAUGACUUGACAAUGAUGAAGCAAAUUGAGGGAAGUAAGAUUCUACAAGGAAUUUCCAAAGAGAGUAUCAAGGAAGCUGCAGAGGAAGUAAAACUUAAUCCUGGCUGCUUGAAUGUUCUUAACCAUGUCAACUUGCCUCUGUAUCUCAUUUCUGUCAACUGGUGUCAAGAUCUGAUUCAUGCCAAGCUGGGUCACCUUAAACAUUUAAAUAUCUUUGGAAAUAACCUUCCUCUUGAAGGCGAACUUUCAUCAGGCCAUUUAGGCAAGACUCUUACAAGCGCUUUUGACAAAGAGAGAAUUUUUGAGGACUUGAUUGGAAACACAACUGAAAGAUCUGAUGGAGUUUCAGUGUUUGUUGGAGAUUCAAUAACUGAUUUGCUUGCUUUGCUGAAGUCAGAUGUCGGUAUACUGAUCGGAAAGAGUCAAACUUUCAGGAAAGUAGCCAAGUCGUUUGGAAUAAAGCUUCUUCCCUUGCAGGACAUACAAGCGAUGAAAGGUGGUGAUUGUCAUGAGAAUGCAAAUCCAAAACAGAAGGGAGUACUGUUUGAGGCACCAUCAUGGAAUGAGAUUGGUUUUAUCUUGUUUGGAACAAAAUACAGUCCUAAUAAGUUCUAGAAAAAUGUCAUUAAAAUAAUUCCCAUCAAAUUAUAAUUAUUUACAAAUUUAGAAAGUUGAGGUGUAAGGAAGAUGUUUGAAUAGAUGGAUUGAAAAUUCUUUCACUCCAAAGUUUUCGUAAUCUGAUGCUCAGACAGGUUUAUGACAUUUGUCUCCAUUCUGCACUUAAAGGGACCUCAGUUAAUCAGAGAAUCAGGCAUAACAGGAAAAAAGAAAACAGAACAAUAAGUAACCACACAAAAGGAAUUCUGUAAAGGUUUUAUUGAAUUGAUUAGACAGCAGAAUUCAUUUAGAGACUUAAUAGUUACAUUAUUGUAGAACUGGAUUGAAAGUCCCUAUACAUGACUUUGAGAGUAAAGGGGUUAAAAUAUGAAAACAAAUUUUACGAUGAUUUAACACAAACACUGUAGUAGAAGAAAAGCUACUGUUGGAAAGCAUUACCACAUUAUGAUAAUGUGGAGGUGACAAAAAAAUGUGUAAAGAUGGGUAAAAGGAUUCCCAGAGUGAAAUGAAACAUUUUACACCAUUGCUUAAAGAGAGCCCAAGACAAAGAGAUGAUACCACAUACAGUGGAACCCCGCCUUACAACCACCCCGUUUAUAAGACCACCUCAUUAUUACGGCCAUAUUCUUUCAAACCAAACUUAAAAUCCAUUGAGUCAUUUUAUUGUUUUGAAGACCCCGUUAAUGCGACCACCUCGUUAUUACAACCAGGAUUUUAUGGCCCAACGGUGGUCGCAUUAAUGGGGUUCCACUGUACCAUGUAUGUAUUAACCAGUUAGUGUCUACUCUGCAAGAAGAGGCCCAUUGAUCUUCGUAGAUAAGUUCAUUUCAUUAUGAAAUCACCUGGGGUACUUACCAUUUACAUGGAAAAACCAUAAAAAUUCUGGUUGGAAAAUCAAAUGGUUCAUGCUAUUCCAUUUGGGGAGCUUUGGAAAAUAUGGGCUUUGAUUUGAGGGGAUGCAAUUUUUCUACUCUUUUUAAUUUGAUCAGCUGAUUGGAUAUACUUUGUAGUGGGUCAGUCUCCCACCAUGUCAAUUUUUAAAGUUUUAUGUUUAUAUGCACAGUAUUUCUGUCGUGUUUGAAUUUUAUCCUUGGUUCGUGUGAAUGGUAAGCUCUCCCGGAUAUAACUAGAAUCACUCUGUGGUUUUUGUCACAAAUAUUAAUUUUAUCCACAUUUCACAUUGGAGUUAAGUAAGAGCAACUGUGCAAGGUAGAUCAAACAAUUUUUGAAAAAUAUGGCUUGGUUAUUCAAGCCGAUCUUUGUAGAACAUUUAUUUGUUUGAUGCCUUUCCUUGCCUACUUAACUAAAUGAUUCAUUAAAUAUGGUAUUAUGUUUUAAAAAGAUAACUGUAUUUAAAUGAAGCUUAGUAAUACCGGUAAAUCAUGUUUAAAUUAAGUUUGAGUGUAAGCAAGCACUCUGUUCAAACAUAACAAGAACAGGACACACAUGCAACAUGAGAUGCAAUGUAUUGUAUGCAAGUGCCCUGGGGCUGGGGAGGGGAGGGGAGCACUCAAGCAAAGUUUGGGUAGAGGGGUACCUCUGAGGUCUUCAAACCCUGACCCUGUUUAAGAUGAG